CGUGGGGCGGGACGCGCAGGCGCGGGCCCGGCGCUCCCUGAGGCGGCGGCGGCGGCUCCGGCGGCUCCUUUGUUCCCCCCCGCCGGCACCGGGCUCGGGAUCGCGUCGGGAUCGGGCCGGGAUGAGCCCCGGGAAGGGCUCCGGGAAGGGCUCCGGCUCCGCCUGGCGUUAGGAGCUCGUCCCUGCGAGGCAUCGAGGACUACCAUGCCCUUAGGUGCCCGUUCCCAGCUCCUGGUGUGAGAUGGCCACUCCAGAGCCCCCCCUGGGCGGGACCCCCCGGCCCGGCCCCUCCCCCGGGCCCGGCCCCUCCCCGGGGUCGAUGCUGGGCCCCUCCCCCGGCCCCUCCCCCGGCUCCGGCCACUCCGGCCACUCCGGCCACGCGCUGCCGGCCCCGGGCUACGCGCCAGACACCAUCCACCCCCUGCACAAGCCGCUGGAGGCGAUGCACGAGAAGGGGAUGCCGGAGGAUCCGCGCUACGGGCAGAUGAAGGGGAUGGGCAUGCGCCCGGGGGGGCACGCGGGCAUGGGGCCCCCCCCCAGCCCCAUGGACCAGCAUUCCCAAGGUUACCCAUCCCCUCUGGGUGGCUCGGAGCACGCCUCCAGCCCCGUGCCCUCCAACGGCCCCUCCAGCAGCUCCGCCGGCGGCUCCGGCGCCGCCCUGGACGGCUCCGGCUCCGACUCGCCCGCGCUGGGCCGGGGCCCGUCGCCCUUCAACGCCGCUCAGCUGCACCAGCUGCGUGCCCAGAUCAUGGCCUACAAGCUGCUGGCACGAGGGCAGCCCCUUCCCGAGCAUCUCCAGGUGGCCGUGCAGGGCAAGCGGCCGCUGCCGGGGAUGCAGCCGCAGAUUCCUGCUCUACCUCCGCCCGCCGGCGCCGCGCAGGGCCCGGGGCAAGCGCCCGGAGCGGGGCCGGCGCCGCCCGGGUAUUCCAGACCUCACGGAAUAGGAGGGCCCAACAUGCCCCCUCCUGGACCCUCAGGAGUUCCCCCCGGGAUGCCAGGACAGCCCCCCGGGGGCCCCCCCAAGCCCUGGCCAGAAGGGCCGCUGUCGGCGGCGGCUCCGGGCGGUGCCCCCCAGAAGCUGCUGCCGCCUCCCCCCGCGGGCCGCCCGUCCCCGGUGCCCCCGGCGGUGCCGCCGGCGUCGCCGGGGCCCCCUCCGCCCUCGCCGGGGCAGCCGGCGCCGCCGGCGCUGCCCAUCCACCCCAAGCAGAACCGCAUCACCCCCAUCCAGAAACCGCGCGGGCUCGACCCCGUGGAGAUCCUGCAGGAGCGCGAGUACAGGCUCCAAGCCCGCAUCGCCCACCGCAUCCAGGAGCUGGAGAACCUCCCCGGCUCCUUGGCCGGAGACCUGAGGACCAAAGCGACCAUCGAGCUCAAGGCUCUGCGGCUGCUCAACUUCCAGCGCCAGCUGCGGCAGGAGGUGGUGGUGUGCAUGCGGCGCGACACGGCGCUGGAGACGGCGCUCAACGCCAAGGCCUACAAGCGCAGCAAGCGGCAGUCGCUGCGCGAGGCCCGCAUCACCGAGAAGCUGGAGAAGCAGCAGAAGAUCGAGCAGGAGAGGAAGCGGCGCCAGAAGCACCAGGAAUACCUCAACAGCAUCCUGCAGCACGCCAAGGACUUCAAGGAGUACCACCGGAGCGUCAGCGGAAAGAUCCAGAAGCUCACCAAGGCCGUGGCCACCUACCACGCCAACACCGAGCGCGAGCAGAAGAAGGAGAACGAGCGCAUCGAGAAGGAGCGGAUGCGGCGCCUCAUGGCCGAGGAUGAGGAGGGCUACCGCAAGCUCAUCGACCAGAAGAAGGACAAGCGCCUGGCCUACCUGCUGCAGCAGACCGACGAGUACGUGGCCAACCUGACCGAGCUGGUGCGGCAGCACAAGGCGGCCCAGGUGGCCAAGGAGAAGAAGAAGAAGAAGAAGAAGAAGAAGGCCGAGAGCGCCGAGGGACAGGCUCCGGCCAUCGGCCCCGACGGCGAGCCCCUGGACGAGACCAGCCAGAUGAGCGAUCUCCCGGUGAAGGUGAUCCACGUGGAGAGCGGGAAGAUCCUGACGGGCACCGACGCGCCCAAGGCCGGGCAGCUGGAGGCCUGGCUGGAGAUGAACCCGGGGUACGAGGUGGCUCCGCGCUCCGACAGCGAGGAGAGCGGCUCCGAGGAGGAGGAGGAGGAGGAGGAGGAGGAGCAGCCGCAGCCGGCCCAGCCAGCGCUGCCCGUGGAGGAGAAAAAGAAAAUUCCAGACCCGGACAGCGACGACGUCUCGGAGGUGGACGCCCGACACAUCAUCGAGAACGCCAAGCAGGACGUGGACGACGAGUACGGCGUGUCCCAGGCGCUGGCUCGGGGGCUGCAGUCCUACUACGCCGUGGCGCACGCCGUCACCGAGCGCGUGGACAAGCAGUCGGCCCUGAUGGUCAACGGCGUCCUCAAGCAGUACCAGAUCAAAGGCCUGGAGUGGUUGGUGUCCCUCUACAACAACAACCUCAACGGGAUCCUGGCCGACGAGAUGGGACUGGGGAAGACCAUCCAGACCAUCGCCCUCAUCACGUACCUCAUGGAGCACAAGAGGAUCAACGGCCCCUUCCUCAUCAUCGUCCCGCUCUCGACUUUGUCCAACUGGGCCUACGAGUUCGACAAGUGGGCUCCUUCCGUGGUCAAGGUCUCCUACAAGGGCUCUCCGGCGGCGCGCCGUGCUUUCGUCCCGCAGCUGCGGAGCGGAAAAUUCAACGUUCUCCUCACCACCUACGAGUACAUCAUCAAGGACAAGCACAUCCUGGCCAAGAUCCGCUGGAAGUACAUGAUCGUGGACGAGGGCCACCGCAUGAAGAACCACCACUGCAAGCUCACCCAGGUCCUCAACACCCACUACGUGGCCCCGCGGCGGCUGCUCCUCACCGGGACCCCCCUCCAGAACAAGCUCCCCGAGCUCUGGGCCCUCCUCAACUUCCUGCUGCCCACCAUCUUCAAGAGCUGCAGCACCUUCGAGCAGUGGUUCAACGCGCCCUUCGCCAUGACCGGGGAGAAGGUGGACCUGAACGAGGAGGAGACAAUCCUCAUCAUCCGCCGUCUCCACAAGGUGCUCCGGCCCUUCCUGCUCCGGCGCCUCAAGAAGGAGGUGGAGGCUCAGCUCCCAGAAAAGGUGGAGUACGUCAUCAAGUGCGACAUGUCGGCGCUGCAGCGCGUCCUCUACCGGCACAUGCAGGCCAAGGGCGUCCUCCUCACCGACGGCUCCGAGAAGGACAAGAAGGGGAAGGGCGGCACGAAGACCCUGAUGAACACCAUCAUGCAGCUGCGCAAGAUCUGCAACCACCCCUACAUGUUCCAGCACAUCGAGGAAUCCUUCUCGGAGCACUUGGGCUUCACGGGCGGGAUCGUGCAGGGGCUGGAUUUGUACCGCGCCUCCGGGAAGUUCGAGCUCCUGGACAGGAUCCUGCCCAAACUCCGCGCCACCAACCACAAGGUGCUGCUCUUCUGCCAGAUGACCUCCUUGAUGACCAUCAUGGAGGAUUAUUUUGCUUAUCGUGGCUUCAAAUACCUCAGGCUGGAUGGGACCACCAAGGCCGAGGACCGGGGGAUGUUGUUGAAGACGUUCAACGAGCCCGGCUCCGAGUAUUUCAUCUUCCUGCUGAGCACGCGCGCCGGCGGCUUGGGCCUCAACCUGCAGUCGGCCGACACCGUCAUCAUCUUCGACAGCGACUGGAACCCGCACCAGGACCUGCAGGCCCAGGACCGCGCUCACCGCAUCGGGCAGCAGAACGAGGUCCGCGUCCUCCGCCUCUGCACCGUCAACAGCGUGGAGGAAAAAAUCCUGGCAGCAGCCAAAUACAAACUCAACGUGGACCAAAAAGUGAUCCAGGCAGGGAUGUUCGACCAGAAAUCCUCCAGCCACGAGCGCCGCGCUUUCCUCCAGGCCAUCCUCGAGCACGAGGAGCAGGAUGAGAGCAGACAGAGCGCGGGCAGUGGCAGCUUCCCCCACGCUGCCUCCUCCCUGUGCCUGGGCGCUGAGUCGGAGGAAGCACCUCUGAAGGAGGAGGACGAGGUGCCCGACGACGAAACGGUGAAUCAGAUGAUCGCCCGGCACGAGGAGGAGUUCGACCUCUUCAUGCGCAUGGACCUGGACCGGCGGCGCGAGGAGGCGCGGAACCCCAAGCGGAAGCCGCGGCUGAUGGAGGAGGACGAGCUGCCCUCGUGGAUCCUCAAGGACGACGCCGAGGUGGAGCGGCUCACCUGCGAGGAGGAGGAGGAGAAGAUGUUCGGCCGCGGCUCGCGGCACCGCAAGGAGGUCGACUACAGCGACUCGCUCACCGAGAAGCAGUGGCUCAAGGCCAUCGAGGAGGGCACCCUGGAGGAGAUCGAGGAGGAGGUCCGGCAGAAGAAAUCCUCGCGGAAGCGGAAGCGCGAGCCCGAGGGACCCCCGGGACCCCCGGCGGGCGCCCGCAGCCGCGACAAGGACGAGGAGAGGAGCAAGCAGAAGAAACGGGGGCGGCCCCCGGCCGAGAAGCUGUCCCCAAACCCACCGCCCCUGACCCGCAAGAUGCGCAAGAUCGUCGACGCCGUCAUCAAGUACAAGGACAGCAGCAGCGGGCGGCAGCUGAGCGAGGUCUUCAUCCAGCUCCCGUCCCGCAAGGAGCUCCCGGAGUACUACGAGCUCAUCCGCAAGCCCGUGGACUUCAAGAAGAUCAAGGAGCGGAUCCGGAACCACAAGUACCGGAGCCUGAACGACCUGGAGAAGGACGUGAUGCUGCUGUGCCAGAACGCGCAGACCUUCAACCUGGAGGGGUCUCUGAUCUACGAGGACUCCAUCGUGCUGCAGUCGGUGUUCACCAGCGUGCGGCAGAAGGUGGAGAAGGAGGAGGAGAGCGACGGCGAGGAGAGCGAGGAGGAGGAGGAGGGAGAGGAGGAAGGAUCCGAGUCCGAGGCCCGCUCGGUGAAGGUGAAGAUCCGCCUGGGCCGCAAGGAGAAGGUUCCGGAACGCGGGAAGGGGCGGCGCCGGGGGGGGCGCGGGGGGCGCCCCAAGCCCCUCCUGAGCGACGACGAGAGCGAGGACGAGCAGGAGGAGGAUCGCUCCGGCAGCGGCACCGAGGACGACUGACCCCAAACAUUCCACGGCUCCAGACCUCUGUACCCCCCAAAACCCCCCCCGAGCCCCCCAGAAAUCCCCCCAAAUUCCCCCUCCCCCGUAGCUCCGACGGCAGCGACGCCGGAAUUCCCGAAAAAUCCCAAAAAUCCUGAAAAUCCCCCAAAAACAACCCCAACCCUGCCCGUAUUUAUACCAGAGCCGGCGCUGGGUCAGCCCAGGGGGGGCUGGGUUGGCCUGGGGGGUCCAGCUGGGCUUGGCCCGGGUUGGCCCAGGUGGUCCCAGAUUGUCCCAGAUCCGGAUUGUCCCAAAUUUGGAGGGUCCAGACCAUCCUGGGUGGUCCUAAAUCCAUCCUGGGUCGUCCUAAAUCCAUCCUGGGUGGUCCUAAACCUUCUUGGAUCAACAAAAAUCCAUCCUGGAUCAUCCUAAUUCCAUUCUGGGCUUGGCCCGGGUUGGCCCAGGUGGUCCCAGAUCCAGAUUGUCCCAAAUUUGGAGGGUCCAGACCAACCUGGGUGGUCCUAAAUCCAUCCUGGGUGGUCCUAAAUCUUCUUGGAUCAACAAAAAUCCAUCCUGGAUCAUCCUAAUUCCAUUCUGGGCUUGGCCCGGGUUGGCCCAGGUGGUCCCAGGUUGUCCCAGAUCCAGAUUGUCCCAAAUUUGGAGGGUCCAGACCAUCCUGGAUCGUCCUAAACCUUCUUGGAUCACCUUAAAUCCAUCCUGGAUAAGCUUAAACCCACCGGGAUCAUCUUAAACCCUCCUGGAUCAUCCUAAAUCCAUCCUGGGUUGGUCCUAAACCCAUCCUGGAUCAUCCUAAAUCCUCUUGGAUCACCCUAAAUCCAUCCUGGGUGGUUCUAAAUCCUCUUGGAUCAUCUUAAACCUUCUUGGAUCAUCCUAAAUCCAUCCUAGGUUGGUCCUAAAACCUUCUGGAUCAUCUUAAACCCUCCUGGAUCAUCCUAAAUCCAUCCUGGGUUGGUCCUAAAUCCAUUCUGGGUCAUCCUAAAUCCUCCUGGAUCACCUUAAAUCCAUCCUGAGUUGGUCCUAAAUCCUCUUGGAUCAUCUUAAAUCCUCUUGGAUCAUCCUAAAUCCAUCCUAUGUUGGUCCUAAAUCCAUCCUGGGUUAUCCUAAACCCUCCUGGAUCAUCCUAAAUCCAUCCUGGAUCAUCUUAAACCCUCCUGGGUUGGUCCUAAAUCCAUCCUGGAUCACCCCAAAUCCAUCCUGGAUCACCUUAAACCCAUCCUGGAUAAGCUUAAACCCAUCUUGGAUCAUCCUAAAUCCACCCUGGGUGAUCCUAAACCCACCUGGAUCAUCCUAAAUCCUCUUGGAUCUUCUUAAAUCCAUCCUGGGUUGGUCCUAAAUCCAUCCUGGAUCAUCCUAAACCCUUCUGGAUCAUCCUAAAUCCUCUUGGAUCUUCUUAAAUCCAUCCUGGGUUGGUCCUAAAUCCAUCCUGGAUCAUCUUAAACCCAUCUGGAUCAUCCUAAAUCAAUCCUGGAUCAUCCCAAAUCCAUCCUGGGUGGUCCUAAAUCCUCUUGGAUUAUCCCAAAUCCAUCCUGGAUCUCCUUAAAUCCAUCCUGGGUUGGUCCUAAAUCCAUCCUGGAUCAUCUUAAACCCAUCUGGAUCAUCCCAAACCCACCCUGGGUCACCCUAAGUCCACCCUGGAUCAGCUGAGCUCAGCCUUGGACAGUCCCGGAUCAUCUCCCCCCAUCCUGGGUGGUCCCGGCCCCUCCCCCACCCCCCCCACCCCCCACCCGGCCCCUCCCCCCGGCGCUGUCGCUGCCCCUGGAUUCCCAGCAGCCGAGAAUUAAUUAAUAAAUUAAUCCAACGGGAGCCGAG